AUGCCAUUUUCAUUAACAAGUGAGGGACGUUCAUUAAGUAGCCUGUUUAAUUCGAAUGAACCAAAUUCAGAUAAUUUAAUAAUUGAAAGACAAAAUUUAUUAUGUGUAUUUAAAUUAGUUAUUAAAGAUUUAUUAAAUUCAAGUUUAAAACAUGAACGUCUUAUGGAAAAAGAAUAUUUUCCAUUAAAACAUUUUUUUAUUGUUUUCGAACAUAUUCUUUUACAUGGUUAUAAUGGUAAAAAAUCAUUUUCAAUAAGUACAUCAUCAAAUCGUAAAGAUCUAUGGCCAAUUAUUGAUUUUAUAUCACGUAAAUCAACAGAUGUACAUAUAUCAGAAAUAUCAAUAUCAUCAAAAGAAAUGACUAAUAUUCGUACAUCAUUAGGUCGUGUACGGGCAUGGUUACGUCUUGCAUUAAUGCAAAAACGUUUAGCUGAUUAUUUUAAAAUACUUGUUGAACAUAAAGAUGAAUUAAAAGAUUUAUAUGAUCAUGAAGCAUUAUUAUUAUCUGAUGAAAGUAUUAUUAUACCUGGUUUACUUGUUGGUCUUAAUGUAUUAGAUUUUAAUAUAUGUUUAAGAGAAACAACACUUGAUCAUCCUGUUGAAUCAAUUAUACAUUAUAGUUUAUAUUUACGUGAAAGACGUCUAUCAUCAAUAUCAUUAAAAAAUACACAUCCACCCGGUGCAAUAAAAGAUUCAAUUGAUGAAUUAGAUGAUUAUUCAAUAGCAUCAUCAUCAUCAUCAUUAUCACCUGUAACAAAAAUAAAUCUACAAAAUAAUGAUACAGCUGUUACAACGAAUACGAACAGUACAGAAAUAUUAGAUGAAAAUAGUCCAGAUACUUCAUAUAAUCAACGUCUUUCGAGUAUACUUGAUCAAAAAAAUUAUAUUGAAGAACUUAAUCGAAAUUUACAGAAAACAAUAAUAAAUUUACAAAAAAAUGUACAAACACUUGAACAAACAAAUAAAACUUUAGUAGAAAAUACAGCACAACAAAAAGCUCGUAUUGAACAAUUAGAAGAAGAACUAACCAAAAUAACAUCAGAAAAAGAACAAAUACAAUCAUCUUAUCAACGUAAAAUUGAUACUUUAAUGGCUGAUAUAGAAGUUGAACGAGAAACUUAUCAAAACUCUCGAACUGGAUUUGAUUUAAUGUAUAUUGAAUUAAAAAAGAAAUAUGACGAUGAAUGUAUAUCAAAGCAAAAAAUUGAAAGUAUAUAUCAAAGUCAAUUAUCUCAAAAUAAUGAGUAUAUUGAAUCAAUAAAAUUAAUGGAAAAAGAUAUCGAAACAAAAACAGUAUUAUAUGAUCGUACGAAAGAAGAAAAUGAUCGUCUUACAGAAAAAUUACAAACUGAAAAAACUCGAAAUGAUGAAAACAAACAUCAAAUACAUACAAAAGAAAAAGAAAAUCAAUUGUUACGACAAACUGUCAAUGAAUUAGAAACAAAGUAUAGUGUUGUAGACUAG